AUGAACCCCAAAAAGAACUCUGGGAGAAGCGUCGCCAUCUCCAAGCGAAAAGCUCAGCCAAAUGCUCUCGACACUCUAGGCGAUAACCCAACGGAGGAUGAAAUCAAGACUGCUGUUGCCCACGUCGCUUUGGCUGACCUCGAAGAGAGGGUUGCCGAUGUUCGAGAGUCGUGGGAAACCGAUUCCUUAUUCGAGGAUGCCUUUGAAGAGUUGAGUAGCGAGAAUACCGUGGCACUUGAUGACCCCAAAGUGUGUACACCAGAGGAAGCUAGCAGGCUUCGUCGGGAACUCCGAGAGUAUGGCCCAGCCGUAUUUUGCCAACGCACUGUCGAUGCUGGUCACUAUACCGCCAGAAAGCUUCUCAGCGCUUUUGGUAUUCGUCCUCCCGCUUUCCUCGAGGGCGAGAAUGAUGAUGCCUACUUCCACCUGUUAUCGCUGGCCAUUACGCGUGAGUUGGGCAAGCGCGCCAAGAUUUUGCAUUACAACACGGUAGAUGACGCUGUUGAUUUAAUUGCAAAGUGCAACAACAUUGUUCUCAUAACCGGAGCUGGUAUUUCCACCUCGCUGGGUAUUCCCGAUUUCCGUUCCAAGGGAACCGGUCUCUACUCCAAGCUUGAGCAUCUUGGUCUCAGUGACCCGCAGGAGGUCUUCGACAUUGGCGUCUUCAAACAGGAUCCCACCAUUUUCUACUCGGUAGCCAAGGACAUUCUGCCAAGCACAGACAAAUAUACGCCAACUCACAAGUUCAUUGCUAUGCUCCAUGAGAAGGGCAAGCUAUUGACCAACUACUCUCAAAACAUCGACAACCUCGAGGUCAAGGCUGGUGUUCCCAAGGACAAGCUCAUCCAGUGCCACGGGUCUUUCGGAACCGCAACCUGUGUUCAGUGCGGCUACAAGUGCGAUGGAGAGAAGAUCUUCCCCGAGAUCAAGGCAGACAAGAUCCCUCGAUGCCCGCGUUGCAUCCAGACUCUGCGCCCUGCUGCAGCCCCGCCCAAGCGCAAGCGAUCAGCGGGCGCUGAGAAGAAACGACGGCGAUGGGACGCCGAUAGCUCCGACGAGUCUGAGUACGACAUUCCCGAAGCCGGUGUCAUGAAGCCCGACAUUACUUUCUUUGGCGAGGCUCUCCCUGAUGAGUUCUCACGCCGACUUACUGAGCACGAUCGCGACAAGGUCGAUCUCGUCAUUGUCAUUGGCACCUCUCUCAAGGUCACACCCGUGUCUGAGAUUGUGUCUUGGCUGGAUGCGGACAUCCCUCAGAUUUACGUGUCUCGCCAGGCCGUUAACCACAUCAAUUUUGACAUUGACCUCUUGGGCGAUUGCGACGUCGUCGUUGCUGAACUGUGCCGCCGUCUCGGAUGGUCCAUGGUGCACGAGAUGGUUCCCAAGGACCAAAAGGUCGAAGUGCGCAACGAGCCUGGCUACAAGAGCCGACAUCUCUUUGAGGAGAAGAGCAAGAAGAAGGCCAAGAAAUGA